GCUCAGGAUUUAUUUUUGGACUGCCAUGGCGUCUGGUCCUUCCAUUUGUAGGAAGGGGGGUCGAGUUGGGCUCAACAUGAACCUGCCGCUCUGACACUCCGGGCUGGGACAAGCAGGCAGCAGCCGGCCGGCCGCCCCCAGAGCUGCAGUCCUACAGGGGAACCUGCCUGGAGCGCUUUGAACACCGCCAACAAGUUUUUACCUGAGUGCUGUAGUGCUCAUGGCUGUCGCUUACGGUGCUGCCCCCCAGCUGGGCCUGCUUUCCCAGCAGUACCCCCCACCCCUGCUGCCCAAGCCUGGAAAGGACAACAUUCGGCUUCAGAAGCUCCUCAAGAGAUCCGCCAAGAAAAAGGCCUCCGCUCAGGCAUCGCAGCCCGCCGCGCUUUUCCGCUCCAGCCUUUCCCCUGUGAACGAAGCAAGCCCCGACCUCGAGCACAGUGACCACUCCACCCCUCCCAAGACUCCAGAGACACCGUUCAGCCUCUACAGCGUCCAGCAGCCUCCACGGUUCACCGUCAGGCCGCUGUAUCAACAUGUUGCGUCGCCUUACCCGCAGCGUGCAGCUUACGGCAGAGCAGCGAGGUUCUCACCUCAGACAGUGGUGAUACCGCCGUACUCUUACUCGCAGCAUGUUACCACAGUUUCUUCAUAUUCUGCAUCGACGCAGCUUUCUGGAGAAGCACCAGCUCCAGGGCCAGUCGCUGACCUGGCAGUGCCCAAAAUAUCCCUGCCAGCCUCUUCUGAACCUGAGGUAACAGAAGUGAAAAAGCCAGCUUUUAGCAUAUUUGCUGAAACUCAUGCCGCUGGAGGAACCUCACAGACAAAAAGUUCAGGUCUGAUUCCUUAUUCAGCUGUGAUUCGUCCUCUCACUGUGUUGACCCCAUUUGUCAGAUCCAAAAGUCCACAUCCAACAUUCAGAGCAACUGAACGGUCAAGAUCGCCUAGACCGAUGUUUGAUGUCCCUCAAAUUAGAAUGUACACGGCAAGCACAUCAUACUACGAGUCAUCCAGGACUACACCGGUGUACGACACAGCUGGAUUAACCGCUAUUGGCAGCACAGUACCUCAAGGUAAAUCACCAACAGACACAAAACAAGAUUUGGCAUCUGAGGUCAGAAGAGGCACGACACCGACGGCUCAGCCUCCUUUACUGGGCACAGAUCCCCAGAGGAAAACACAGACUUCAGAAACUGAAAGAGAAAAUACACCAACAGCAGAGAUUAAUACAACCAUAAUUCCAGCUGAAACCAAAAGAGCAACUCCAACACCUGACAUCAAAAGAGCAACUCCAACAUCUGAAACCAAAAGAGCUACUACUCCAACACCUGAAAUCAAAAGAGCAACUCCAACAUCUGAAACCAAAAGAGCUACUACUCCAACACCUGAAAUCAAAAGAGCAACUCCAACAGCCGAAAUCGAAAGAGCAACUCCAACAUCUGAAACCAAAAGAGUCACUUCCACAGCUGAAAUCAGAGUUAAAACACCAACUUUUGAAUUACAAACAUUAAGGAAUUACGGAGGACGGCCUAAAACCCCGGCAUACCACAAAACUCGGGCUACAACACCCGUCUUUGAAGUCUCAAGACCCAAUCCUCUCUUGUUUGCCGUGUCGCCUAUCACAGUUGAGCCAGAGAGGUCAAGAACGCCCAUAACAGUUUCUGCUAUGAGCGGUUUGUCUGCUUCCCAAAGUGUGAAGACUACUGAGCCGACUGAAACGAUACUGAAUGGGGACAUUCAUUUGGACAUCCCUCUUGUAGUCAAACCAAUCCAACAAACGGCUCCAGCUGAAAGACCUAAAGCUCCGACAUCUGAGCCAAAAACACCAGCAGUGACUUCUUACAGCAAUCAGAGGCCUAAGACUCCAACAUACGAAGCAUCCCGACUUAUGACCACGUCACCUAGCUAUAAAAGACCAAAGACACCUACAUAUGGGACAUCACCUUCUGGUGUAUCACCUGUAGCUUUUCAGAGACCUAAAACUCCAACCAAAGUGGCUCAAAAACCAAAGUCUGGCUACCGUGGAUUGACACCGGCUGAAUAUGCUGCGUACGGCGGAAUCAGAACUUACUCUCCAGCAUUUGGUAUCUCCGGUUCUAAGACGCAAACGGAAGAGGAGGUUAAAGUUACAAAAGAGGAAUCAGCAGAAUGUAAAACAACUAGUCAAGAACCAUCUGUGAAGGGACAAUCUACAUCCGAGGUACCCAAAGAAACCCCCAAAGAUGUAGAUAAACCCCAUGUGAAAGAUGAGACAGUUGCAGUCAUCCCUUCGAUCCCUGUUAUUGUUGUUUCACAAGCAUCUGACACCACAGGAACAACAUUAACACAAGAGACAAGUAUGGUAUCCAGCCAGGUUGCAGCAAAACAAGAAAAAAUGGUGAUUCAAGAAACACCAAAGGCUAAAACUCCAACAGCAGAAGGGAAAAUUCCUAAGAAACAGAAGGUGGAAACUCCAGUUCAAGAAGUCGCCAAACCAAAGACUCCGGAAGUCAAACAUCCUCUGCCCAAAGGUGAUGACCAGGAUCCUCUGAAGGCAGUAAGAAAACUUUUAGGCAAAGAUAAAGUCCAGAAAUCUGGACCUGAGACAAAAGCUGACGUCUCAGACCAAAAAGAGCCAGCGAAACCUGUAGGUGCCACCAAGACUAAAGACGAAGGCUCAAAGCCAAGCAAUGUGUCAGCAGGAAGUGAAGACAAAGGAAAAGAUAAGGAAGCAGAAUCUGCUAAGAAAAAGGAAGGCGAUGAAUCCCUCCCAGCCGAGCCCCUUCUUAAAGUCCUACAAAAGCCAAAGGGAGUGAAAUCUAAACCGAGCGGUUGGUCCCGACUCAAGAAGCACAUGGUGGUGGAGCAGGAGGAGCCCAAAUUUCCAGAGAUUGUCCCUCAGAAGGAGGCCACUGUGGCGGACCAGAGCGAGGUGAAAAAGGCAGACGAGAAGGCAGACGAGAAGGCCGUCGACGAGCCUAACACUCAGGAUGAGAACCAAACCAAAGACGCUCCCGUAGCAGCAAAGAUGUGGAACGCCGUACUCUUCCAAAUGUUUUCCACCCAAGAGAACAUCAUGCACCAGAUCGAGCUUAACAAAAGCGAGGAGGACAAGGAGACUGAGCCAAAGGAUGAGUCGAAAGAGAUACCUUCGUUUGCGCACCGGCUGCCUUUGUUGCUUUUUAGCCCAAAGUUUGACGCUAAAAGGCUUAAAGAGGCGGCAUCGAGGCCAGUGACGAAAAUUUCGACUGUUUUUGAAAUGGGUCUGAUUGGGCGGAAAGGUAAAGAGGAGGAACCGAAAGACUUUAACAGAACAGCGAGGGGGUUCAUCAUUACUUAAGCUAAUAUAAAUAUAUAAGUGCAAAGAAGAAAAUGUAAAGAAAAAAAGUUAUGAUAUAUGUUUAAUGUACAGGUGCAGAAAUCUUAGUCUCUGUGUUGUGUCGUAGAAAAGUCGGCUUUGAACUUUAUACUUGACAAAUGCUUUGUGUUGUGUGACUGGUUGUCUGGAUGUUAAAUGUAUUUGUGGAUUAGCUGGAAAAAAGAGAAAGAGUUACAUUUGUCUUAAAGUCAUUCAGACGUCACAUCAGAUUAAAGCGUUUAUGUUUUCAGUAAAAUCAGAGCUUCUCAUUUGUUCCUUUCAUUUACAUAUUCACAAUAAAAUAUAGAUUAAGAUUA